GAACGCAUCCAACCUCUAUUUUUCGCGGCAUAAUCAACCAUUCAUUCCUUUCCUUCGCAUUUCGCAAGUAGCAAGUAGUUUAACUUUUACAUUACGAGUGAGAGGUUGUCUUUGCGGUACACAAAGUUACGUAUUUAAACACGUAAAUAAGUGCUAUUAGUUGUGAAUUUUACUGUAACAAAUAUAAAUAGUCAUAAGUGGCUUAAGUGAACCAUAUAAAUUAAGUGAAUUCUAGAGUGGAGUGGAUUUUUUUUAGUUUUAAAUUUUGAAAAUGCCUAAGGAAGUUAUUGUUUUGUGUUUUACCGUCGUCUUGCUGUUCAACACAGUUGAUGCCAUUAAAGCCAACUGUAACAAGGAAGAGGGGCUGCAGCGGUGCUCAAUGGCAUUACCAGUUCUUAGUUCACCAGAAAUAUCGUUUGCACUAACGAGAGAAGAAUUGGACAAAACUUGUGUCGAGCUGCGAGUUGGUAUAAAGUGUAUCGACAACUACACCGAAGUUUGUAUGGAGAAGAGCGAACAGGUGAUGUUUAGGCGUAUAUACGCAGGUAUAACUGAUGUUGUACAAGAACUGUGUACUAGAGGGAAAUAUCAAGACGAAUACUUGAAGCAUGCGACUUGCGUGAAGAAAGUGAGACCUGAGUAUGAAGUGUGCAGCAAGAACUACGAAGGAACGUUGUCAAAAAUCAGCAGUCAUGAGAAGAAAGAACAGUACCAUACAGACAACACGAAUGUUGCAGCCAAUCAAGAAGAUUAUUUGAGGACAGUCUGUUGUUCAUUUCAAGAUUACUUGGUGUGUUCGGAGCAGACGGUGCUGAGAUCGUGCGGAGAUGAAGCCGCUUUGUUCACCAGCGCAUUCCUCAAACGGAUGGCCUCCAAUAUCAUUAAGAACUUUUGCUUCGAAUACCGAGGUAAGGAAUGCAGUUUGGCUGGCAAAGCAGCGACGUCGGGCCACAGUUUAUUAUUAAUACCUACCAUUAUAGCAACGUUGUAUUCUUAUUUAUAUGGCAACUUUAUUCCGACGUAAAAACCAAUUAGAGAAAAUAAUUUCAAAAUUAGAUCGUGGCUGAAAGCGUGGGUUGCCAGUAAUUACUAGACGGAAUUUGUAGCUAGUUGCCGUUGGUGCAACGUUUCAGCUGUAAAUAAUAAUUAAUUAAUUAAUGUAAGUAUUGUAUCAGUUCCUUGGUUAAAGGUGAAACUGAAGUUUGUAUUCAACUCUAGAAUGAAGAACCCAACUGGCUAAGCCAAGGUUGUGUAUAUAGGUAGGUGUGAAAUAAUUUCAAAUUAACUAUCACCAAAAAUGCUAUUAUUUCAUAAAAUAUCGUCUUUCAAUGAUACUUAUGCCUAAGCGUACUAUUUGCGUGCUAAGUUUGCAUGACAUGCCUCAAACAGAAUUUGACAUUCGAUAUUUUAAAAAUAUCUCUAUAGGGAGAAGUAAGACUAGCGCGCUCUCCAACGCUUACCAUUCAAACGUACUUAGUUUGGUUCUCAUUUGAAUAUUAACCAAUCAAUCAAGUUCUAGAAAGAAAACGUCGAAGUUCUAGUCUCUGGUUUUCCAGAUUUCUCUAAAAAUUUGUAAUUUUCAAGUAAUGCGGGCUUAAAUAUUUACGUAAACAAAUCUUUGAGCUAGUGUAACUUUGAAACUCGAAAUUUUGCUGAUUAUAGCAAAUUGAGCUUUUGGUUCCUAGAUCAUAGAUUUCGCAAAGUAACGUCUGCUUCUAUACAACACUACACAUUUUCACGGAGAUCUAACAGCACACAGAUAUACCUACUGCUAUUUUUUUCUAGAAUGUGUCUACAAAAUUUCAUUUUUGAUUGGUUAAUAAUAUUGAAAUGACAACUAAACUUCGUUUGUAUGGAAAGUGUUGGGCAGCGCGCUAGUGUUACUUCUCUUGAAAACAUUUCUAUCUAUGUAUUUGUUAUGCAAAUCUUCAUGCUUGGAAAUUAAACCAAAAGUUCUUUGUACUAUGAAUGAAUGAAAAAGAUCCUUUAUUAUAUUUGUUUAGUCUACGCAUUUAGUGGUAAAUAGUUUAUGAAAUAGGUGCCUACAUUUUAAGUUUUUAUGUAUGAGCCAUAAUCUAAAAAAGAAUGCAUGCAUCAUAAUUUUUAAAAAGUUUCAUUCACAUAUUGUCGAUCCAUGUUAUCGAUACAUUUUAUUGUCAUUUAAAAAAAAAUGUGGGCCAUACGUACAAAAUAGGUGGAACUGAAUAUUAUUGCCCGUUUUCAACGCUGACGCAGCGAUGAAAUGAGGCGUAGGUAUUAUUAGAUAUUUGAUAGGUAGAUCCUGUUCGACAACGAAAUCGUCGACGAAUACACUCCCGAUCAUCAUCACUAAUGAGGUCUAAUAAAA